GCGGAUCUCUGCUCGGCGGGUGCUUGGACAGAACUGUGCUCUAGGGUACCUGGCGCGGCAGGGAAUUUGAGGAUUCUUGCAAGAGGAUCUGCCACGGAUUUAACACGGCAGGGGACUUGCGGUCCACCUCCAUGGCUUGGAAAACUGGAAUACUGGGGGCAUAGCUGUGGAAGGCAUGCCCCAAACGCUUAGCUCUACCAGCAUGUUUACCCCCUGUGGCUUCAGCCCUCAUAAUCUUCAUCCAUCUAAAGAAGAUGAUGAAGGAGGGCUGAUUUUUCAAGAUGGAAACCUUACCUCAGCAUCUCUUGAUGCUUUGAUCCAGCAUCUUAUACCUACAGCUGAGUACUACCCUGAGAAGGCCUAUAUCUUUACUUUCCUGCUCAGCUCACGACUGUUCAUUGAACCUCACGAACUUCUCUCACGUGUUUGCCACAAGUGCAUUGAGCAGCAGCAGCUGGAUGACCCAGUGCUGGAUAAGGCCCGAAUCAGAAAAUUUGGACCCAAAAUUCUACAGUUGUUGACAGAAUGGACAGAAACAUUCCCUUAUGACUUUCAAGAAGAGAGAAUGAUUGGCUGUUUGAAAGAUAUUAUCCACCGGAUAGCUCCUUGUGAUGAGGCAUACUGGAAAAAAAUGAAUCAGCUUCUACAAACGCUGAACCAGAAACUUGCAGCUCUAAACCAUGGACAGGAAGGGAUAGUCAAAAUCAAUGCAGCUGUCUCUGACAAGGUGGUUGCUUUUAAAAGUAAACCUCCAUCCAUUCAAAGAGAAAUUUUGAGUGUCUGCAGUGAUCCCUACACCUUGGCCCAGCAACUGACACAUGUGGAACUGGAAAGACUGAGUCACAUUGGCCCGGAAGAAUUUGUUCAGGCAUUUGUCCAUAAGGAUCCUUUGGAAAGCACAAAGCCUUGUUUCAGUGAACAGAAGAAGACUAGUAACCUUGAGGCCUACGUCAAAUGGUUCAACAGACUGUGCUAUCUUGUCGCAACAGAAAUUUGCAUGCCUGCAAAAAAGAAGCAACGAGCACAAGUUAUUGAGUUCUUCAUUGAUGUUGCUCGAGAGUGUUUUAACAUAGGGAAUUUUAAUUCAUUGAUGGCCAUCAUAUCUGGUAUGAACAUGAGUCCAGUCUCCAGAUUAAAGAAAACCUGGUCAAAAGUCAAAACAGCUAAAUUUUUUAUUCUUGAGCAUCAGAUGGACCCAACGGGGAACUUUUAUAACUACAGAACUGCAUUGCGUGGAGCUGCCCACCGGUCCUUAACGGCACAUAGCAACAGAGAAAAGAUUGUGAUUCCGUUUUUCAGCCUGUUGAUCAAAGACAUUUAUUUUUUGAAUGAAGGAUGUGCUAACCGCCUCCCAAAUGGACAUGUCAACUUUGAAAAAUUCCUGGAACUGGCUAAACAAGUAGGAGAAUUUAUAACUUGGAAACAAGUAGAAUGUCCAUUUGAACAAGAUGAUAAUAUCAUCCACUAUUUACAUACAGCGCCCAUCUUUACUGAGGAUGGUUUGUAUCUGGCUUCCUAUGAAAGUGAAAGUCCAGAAAACCAAACUGAAAAGGAAAGGUGGAAAACACUGAGGUCUACUAUCUUAGGAAAGACUUGAAGAUAAAGAUAUACGACUCAGUAGGAUAAAAUAAAUCAGCAAAACUACUUUGCACUACUGAUUCCAAAGAUGCCUGUUUGGGAUUUAAGAGAUUUUAUUCUUUAUUUUUGAGUGCAUUUUUGGACCAUGUGGAUAAAGAGGAUUAAUCCACCAGAUUUAACAGAUGAGUUGUUGUUGUUGUUGUUUUUUACUGCACGCACAAUGAUGUUUUCUAACAACUCUCAACAACAAAAGCCUGCAAGGCUUCUGGACCAGAACCAAGUCCUAAUCGCUGUAGAACUUUCUCUGAAGAAAGGGCAAAGGAUGUGAGCUGUGAUGCUGCAAACACAAAAUUAUCUCCAUUGGAAAGGUACAGGGUGUGUAUCUCAGAAGCAGGGUGAAUUGGACUCCGACAGCUGUCAAGAAUUAGUUCUACCAAACACAGCAUUAUUCUGGUUACUUUCUGCAUAAGAAGGAACCAUUUUCUCUCCACAGACUUCAGUCUUAUUGAACAGUAUUCUGACAGCAGGAGAAAAGACUUGUACAAAGCCACGUUCAUGUAGAAAAUUCAUUCAAACCUCACCUGUUUUUUUAAAAAAGAUACAGAAUCAUUUGAGAGGUGAACAUCUGUAAUUUCUCCUUCUGUCUGGGUGUGAGGCAUAAUUUUUUCCUAGCACUAUAUAAACCGUCAACUUAUAAAUGGCUCUCAGUUUGACUUACCUCUAUAUGAAGCAUGUAGCAUAUUCUCUAGCUUUGGUGACUGAUAGUUGAGAGGAAGAGGCCUUAUGUCAUUGACUGUUGAUAGAAGACAAAUCUAUUAAGGGCUCUAACAGGUUAAAGUGAUGGUUUUCUUUCAUCUACUCAUUUUAUCUUCAAGUCAUGGAGAAUGAUUAGGAUACUAGGGCUCUUACAUCUAGUGUGUUAGAGGUGAACAUUUUCAUUCUUUAAACAUUGCACUGUGGAAGAAUAGUCAACACACUAUUCAUCAGAUGGGUGUCUCAUUCUAUGAUUUUCCUUUUGUUGUAUUGAACCCAGGCUCACUGCUUUUCAUCCAAGGAAACAGUAAGCCAUUUAUUAUGUCUUAGUGUGGUGUUUAUGGAGAUCAAGGUGGUGUUCCAUAAUAUAAAUCUUAAGUGCUAAUUGUUUACCUAUACUUUCAUAGGAAGCAGAAGUAACAGUUCAGGUUUUAAAAAUGUAAAUAUGAGUUACGGAAGGGAUGCCAAAAAGCAUACAUCAUAUGGGUAACUAUAAAAAGAACAAAGGGGAAAUAUCCAGAUUUUCAGUCUAGUAAUUGGGACUUUUUUGCUUAGCAGGGUCAAAAUUAUAUCAUAGAUGUUAUUUUUCAGACAGUUCAGAUGUUGACCACUUUGGUAAUUUCCUACAUGCAGUGGACUUGGUGUCAGAAUCACAUGCUCUCUCUACUGCACAUGCUCUCUCUACUGCUCUCUCUACUGAAUGAAAUGCCGAGUUUUGUGAGCAGUUGGCCUAACUUCCCUCAACUGUUCCCCAAAAGGUGAAAGAAAAAUAUAAUUUGGAGGAUCAUGCAAAUGAAUUGUGUCCCAUGUUACUUCUCACGUGCAGCGGCUCAGAUAUUGCAACACAAAUAUACCCCUGCUAGGUAUAGCGUUUAACUACGGCAAUCAAUGUCUGACCUGGCCCUUAGCUGAACAAAACAGUCGUUAGGCAUUGUGUAUGUUUAAACAGUAAUUUGGCUAGUCUGUUGACUUCCAUUUCUGAGUGUAUAAACAGCACAGUCUGAUAAGACUCUCCAGAGGGCUUUCAGAAGCCAUUACUGGUGCUUUCCUUGAAUAAGGCCAUCUUAACCUCUGGGAUGCAACUCAGUGAUUAUAUCUACAACAACCUGUAUUACCACUGCUUGAAAAAACUACUCUCACACACGUUUCCUUUCUAUAAUAGAAUCUGCUUCCCUUGACAGCUAUUGCUGGCAUUAAAACAUUUCAUGUCAGCCUUGCAAAAAUCUGUUGUGAAUUUGGAUUGCCUUUGCCAGCCUCUUCAUCACAUCCUGUGGAGGUCUCCCAUCCAAAUUCUUGGCACCAUUGAGGCUGAGUGUGUGUGACUGGCCCAAGGUCUCCCAGCAAGCUUUCAUGGCAGAGUGUGGAUCUGAACCUGGGACUCCCCAGAUCCUAGUCUGACAUCUUAACCACUACACUAUUCUCUCUCUCUGUGAAGUUAUUUGGUCAUGGAAGAUUUACACUCAUUUGACUGCCUAGACAUUUUUCUUUGUUAUGUGUUGUCUAAAAGGACAAAGGAAAUAAAAGAUGUGAUAGGCUUGCUUGUCUGAUUAACAAAAGGGAAGUUCUUUGGGCCACAAACAGUCAAGUGACUAGCUAUAUACAAGUCUGUCUCAUAGUCAGCCCCAGCCAAAUUGUGUGUACUUCAUAGCUUUUAGGUAGCACUACAAUGUGGAAGUCAGUGGGUUUGUGCUGUGUGAACCAUUAUGUGUUUGUGGCAUUUUCUGUAACUGACUUUAGAAUAUGAAUAGAGGUGAGAAAUCAUAGAUGAUUUGCAGUCUAUGGUACCCUGUGGAUCUCUUCUGGCCGCUUAUACCUGCAUAUUAUGGCCAUAGAGUUGUAAAGUGGCCCCUUCCAAAGUGGCUGCAUAUUACUGGGAAAUCAGCAGCUGUGAACCAUCUACUGUAAAGAACCUCUUUGCUACAAGACCCACUCCUUCUUCCAGAACAGAACCUUGUUUGCCAAGGACUGACGUUUUGACUUUUUGCUACAUGAUUCUAAAGCUUCCGUCUCAAGAAGAUAUGGGCAAGGGGAAAUGUGGAAAUUAUAUGGUUGCAGGAGACAGUGUGAUGUUAUUCAUAAGAAGUUUCCUGUGUAAUGUUUGAGUACUUAGGAUGAAAAGAGUUUCCCUUAAUUUAAUAACAGCCUCUGCACCAACAAUUUCUGUUUUGCAUUUAUAGAUUCUAACCAGCAAGUGGUAGACACAUUCACAAAUAAUUAUCAGAAGAGUAUGUGUAUUCUCUGAAUGGCCAUUCCCUUAAAAAUAUACAUGUUUUGAAUUGCCCAUUUAUGACUUGACUGGCUGACAUUAGAUUACACAGAAGUAGAUGAAUGGGCUUGCUUUUUAACAGUGAAAAUUCUCUUUUAUUUUCAGUGAUCCAUAGUAGAUGUAAUGUUUGCAGAAGCCAAGCCUAGUUACCAGCCGACCAGCCAGGUUUGCACAAUAGCACUCCAAAAGGAUAACUUAGGCUCUGUGUAUCUGUUCUGUUUGCUUCAGAUGCUGAUGUGAGGUAAUGCCAUGCUUCUUGACAUUUGACAGGCUAAUCUAGGCGUAUCUGUGCCAGUGUUCUACACCUAUAAAACAUACAAGUAUUUGGACUAGGAUAAACUUAUAUCAAAAGAAUUCUUCCACUCCAGCAGGGUUUAAGGACAUUUUUGGGAGUUAUGAAUGUCAGAAGUUGCACCAAAAAUAUAAGUCCUGAAGCUGUACAAUUAGAUUAAGCCAUAUGUUUUAAAUCUAAGUGGCCUUAUUUCUCAAAUGUGCUGAGCAUCCUUUCUUCUAACACUGAUGGCCGCUGGAAUUAGCCUGAGGUUCAAGACAGUCAAAAACAUUUGGAAAAAAAUAUUUUCUGCUAAGGCCCCAGGAUUUAUUAGGAACCACAUUUUGCAGCCCAGGGCUGGGACCGCAUGGAGGGAAGCCACCCUGCUGGCAUUGAGCUAAUAGUGUGGGGCUCAGGGAACAGAUGGGAUCUGGGGGUGCUGUGGUCUUCCAGAGUAGGGCCCGGGGAUUGUGUCACACUGUUCAUGGUGCCAGACUGCCCCGCCUUGUGCCUAUUUAGCCAGCUGCACUGAAAGGCCUAGUCACAGUAGUAGAGAUAUACAUAUAGAUGUGCAUAAUUGCCUUCUCAGACAUUCCUGGUGUUCUCUUUUUUGAAACUAUUUUUCUGUUCUUAAUGGACUCACACUGUAUAUCACUCCUUGCUGAAUCCUGAGGAAAAAUACAAACAUUGCAAUCAGAACUUAGAUUGAAAAUAUUGUUGUGAGAUGAACUAAUUUAUUUACACUGUUGAUUUUAUAUAAAUUACUCAAACCAAUAAUCCAAGCAUCCUUGGCACAGAUUUUGACUGGAAAAAUAGAAACCCUUGAAUGAUGUGUUCUUGUCUCUGCCCGCUAAUAAGACAACCACGAACCGUUGUCCAGGUCUGGAGCUCCAUUUUGUUAAAGGGGGGCAAAAGUGCAAAUGAUGUCCCCCUGUGAUUUUGGGAGGACUCAAACCCUACAUGGAAGUUGACAAUCUUAAUUUUUUUAAACAUUUCCUUGUUUGCAACUGUUAAUUUGAUUCUUUUUAUACACUCACCCAAAAGAAACCCUGAAAAACUAAAAUAAAAGCCCACAUCAUUUCCAACUUGAAAAUAUGUCCAAGCCUGCCUGUUGCUUAGCAACCUUCCCUCACUAUAUAGAGGAAGUUUAUACAGAACAGUUAUUCUGUUUAUUCACAAAAUUCACAAAAUGGAGCUUAAUGGAGCUUCCUUCUUCCCGCCUCCAGCAUUUCCUCUGCAGCCCUUUACUUCCAGGAGCUGGAGACACUCAUCCAGCUGGGUGGAAGCGGCCAGGGGGAGGGGGAAAUGGCUGGGACAAGCCCAUUGAGGACAGUCACCUGGGAAGCAUCUCACACCACUCUGCCAAUCCUCUUUCCCUAAUGUGCUGAGUUGGGUGCUGUGGGGCUGACCAAGCUGCCACUCGCCUGCCCCAUGAUUGGCUGUCCUCUGAGCAAUAAUGCAGCCACCUUCCUUUACUCCUUGUUGAUCCUGCUCUGGUCAAUGGGAGGGCAUAACCUGCUCAGGAAAGUGUGGCAUUCACUGCAGCUGCCUCCCCUUAUUCACUCUUGAUCCAGUCCUCCCCUUAUUCACCCUUGAUCCAAGACUGUGCAUGAAUGGAGAAAGCAGCCUAGAAUAAUAGAAGCAGUAAAGUGUGAUAGUGUUCUAUUGCACAGAGUUGUAACUUGGUAUCAGUAAUUUGGUUGCAGUGAUACUUGCCACACAUUAACUGAAGCAGCUCAAAGUAGCCUGGCAGCUGAGAUACUUCAGUGUAUGUGUCCCUUUCGCAGGUACCUGGAAAAUGGAAUUUUCCAGAACAUCUGUCAUACAAAGCAAUUAAUAGAUUAAUCUAAAAUUAAAACAAGCAGAUAAAUAAAUGUUUUUCCUAUCUAGAAGAAAAAAAUAGCUAAAAGUACCACAUCCUGAUCUGCUUUAAACUAUUCAGAGGCUGGCCUAACCUCUCAUCAGCUAGCUAACAACCUCUGCAGAUUUCUAGCUCUAUUAUUUUCCAUCCGAUUUGCAUUUGUGACAACUACUUCUGCAGAUGCUAUGUGUGAGGAACAAAGUAAAUGUCUGCUCCAGAUAUAUAACAUGAAUUUAUUAUACAAAUCCUUUCAGCAAGUAUUAACAUAAAUUCUUCUGUGAGCAGCAAAUAGGGGUGAAUAUAGAAUAUAUUUCAUCAGCUGAAAGCAACCAUCAUAGUAGCAGUAGCCACAGUUCCAAAAUAGACCAAGCUAUUUAAUUAAGCAGUGGAUUUACAAUGCCAUACUAAAAAGAAUAAAAAAACUUCUAAGCCAUGGACUUCCAUGGAUUUAAAAGAAGAGUUGGUUGUGAUACCCCUCUUUUUCUCUACUGUAAGGAGUCUCCAAGCGACUUACAAUCACCUCUCCCCCUCACAAGAGGGACCUUGUAAGUUAGGUGGAGCUGAGAGGGUUCUGAGAGAGCUGUGACUAGCCCCGGGUCACCCAGCCAGCUUUGUUUGGAGAAGUGGGGUAUCAAACCUGAUUAUUCAGAUUAGAGUCCACUUCUCUUAACUGUUAUACCACACUGGCUCCAAAAGGGCAUAACUCUUGUUUGGGAUGGCUCUGAUCAAGAUGUGCUGUAUAAAAUUUGCAUGUGAUAGGAAUGUGCAUUCCUGUUCACAUGGCAGGGUAUUGGAAAUGCACAUCUUCAGCAACAAUGUAGAUUCUAAACAUCCUGAUGCACAGUGAACAUAGAUGCACAUCUGAUAUGCAUCUACAUUUCUACAUAGAUCUGGAUGAAAAAUCUUAUUAUGCAUGUGGCUCUUGCUAUUGGAUGGAAGUAUACCAGUGUGUCUAGUUUAUACAGAACAGUUAUUCUGUUUAUUCACAAAAUCUUGGAGAGGGGUAAUUAGUAUGUCACACCAUGAAUUUAUAAACUUUACAUGCUCUAAUGAUGUGCCAGGUAGGACUUUCAGUAUUUCAGUCACAAUUGACAAGUAAUCUAAAAGUUGCAUAUAUAUUUCAUAUUGAUACAUUUUUAAAUAGUUGUUGCUUGAGAAAGCAUAAUCAUCCUCUGCAGCAACCAAGAAGUAAUCCAAUCCCUUAUUAUAGUCACAUUACAUUAUAUUUUAAAUUGCAAAUCUGUUGAAAGCCUUGUUUAAAACAGGAACAUUGCCUUUGUCAUAAAGUGAUCAUAAUUUGAGACAACCUGCUUAGUAAUUGAUAUUUAUUUAAAACAAAGAUACAAAGUGAAUUUGUUAGCAGCAGUUCAAGUAUCUUUGCUAUUCAUAACAUUGUAAAAAGAAGUAAAGGUUAGUAUCAUUAAUUACCUAGCUUAGAAGACAUUUGAAAUUUAGGGGAGUGAUACACACAGCUUAGAAAAGUGCCAAUUAAUACUUUCACACUAGUAAGAAUCAUUAUGUGAUGAGUGGUUUUGCAUUAUCUGACAGGUUGGGGCAGAGCUUGCCUUCUCAUAUACAAAUUCAUCCUUUUAGGGACAAAGUAUAACUUUGGAUCACAGUUUUUGUGAACAUAAAUUAAAAUGGUACUAGUCUUUGUUAAUGUUCAGUAUAAUCUGGUGACAGUCCAUGCAUUUAAAAAUGAACUAUUCGCAUGGAUUUAAAUUUACCCAAACAAGGGUUGUUUUUAUUAAAAUAAUAACUCAACUGAAAUCUACUGAGAUGGCUUUAUAUAGCAUGCAUGACUUUCCCCUUCCAAACCAUUUAUUGGCAUAAUAAACCAUACGGAUUAGUAGUGAUCACAGAGUAAUACAAUCAUGAUUGCAACUUAAUGACAUAACACAGGUAUUUAGCCACAGUUUCAGAGGUAGCAGAAGAAUAAUUGUUUAAAAGAUAAGAAAUUUUUGUUGGUCUGAUAGACCUUUUUUAUUAAUGAGUAGAGGGGUCUAUAAGUUGGACCUGAUUGUCUUAUAAAAUGGGCAGUGUAGAAGCAUAUGAAUUACAGAUUCAGUCUGUGUCAUGCUGCAAUCACAGAUUCUGUCCUGGUAGAGGAUUUUUAGACAUCUUGCUGUUGUUAAGGAAGUACAUUGCACCUUGCCAAAGAGAGAGUUUUUCACUGGUUGGAUAAGAUUAAUUGACUCAGGUAUUUGGCCCUCCUAGCUAUGUUAAGAGGAAUUCCUUAAAAAGGGGGAGAGCACGACUUAUUUGCUGCACUGCUGAGAUACUAAACUUUCUGCUCAAUCUU